CUCGGGCUUCCGUAGAGACGCUGUAAACAUGGCGGCCUCCAUGUGCUAACGUGAGACUAACCAGCAGACAGAGCGAGAGAGGGAGGGAGAGAGAGAACAACAGCUUCCUCACGUCUCACCUUCUUCAUUUAAACACCUGGUGGGUGAAGGAGGACGUGUCGGUACAGAGAGACGUCACAGGCAGGGUUUACCUUCAUGCUGGUGCAGACUUCUCGGCUGUUCCCCGUCAUCAUCAUCUCCCAUCAUCUGCGUCCUUCCUGCAGCCGUCCAGCCAGACAGACGUUUCGGUGGAGUUUAGGCAGCCGUGGACUGAGAUCCAUGGAGCCCCAAAAUACGACCCCAGACGUUCCCACCACCAAACCUGCUGCCGAUCCUCCAGCAGAACACGUGAGCCUGGAGCCCAAGGACACGGCGGCUGAAGAGGAGGCGCCUCCUGCAGGACUGUUACCCGGGGAGACGGUGGUCAAGGAGGGGAAGGCGGCUAUCUUGUUUCCCAGUGCGAAUGAGGUGUUUUACAACCCGGUCCAGGAGUUUAACAGGGAUUUGACGUGUGCUGUGCUCACAGAGUUUGCCAGAGAUGUGCUGGCUCAGCGGGGGGUGAAGCUGGUGGUGCCGGGUGAGAAAGAGAGGGUGGUGGUCUCUCUGUCGGAGGAGACUAACGACAGCGACGUACAGACGGAGGAGAAGAACGGAGCCGAGUCUCCAACUGUAACCGCAGUGGUGGGGGAGAAAUGUGAGCUCGGUCUCCGUGUGCUGGAGGCUCUGUCGGCGUCCGGUCUGCGUUCGGUCCGCUUCGCCCUGGAGGUCCCGGGCCUGCAGGACGUCACCGCCAACGACUUCUCCACCAAGGCGGCGGCGCUGAUCGCCAGGAACGCAGAGUACAACGGCGUCAACCACCUGGUCCGCUCCAGCUGCAGGGACGCCAGUAUGCUGAUGUACGAGAUGCGAGGGAAGAAGGAGCGCUAUGAUGUAAUCGAUCUGGAUCCCUACGGGAGCCCCGCCUCCUUCUUGGAUGCCGCUGUGCAGUCAGUCAGCGAGGGAGGUCUGUUGUGUAUAACGUGUACCGACAUGGCGGUGAUGGCAGGAAACAGUGGAGAGACCUGCUACAGCAAAUACGGCUCAGUCUCCAUCAAAGCCAAAUACUGCCAUGAGAUGGCUCUCCGUAUCAUCCUCCACAGUCUGGACCAGCGGGCGGGGGUGUACCAGCGAUACAUCCAGCCGCUGCUCUCCGUCAGCGUCGACUUCUACAUCAGGGUCUUUGUGCGCGUCUUCACGGGACAGGCCAAAGUCAAGAACUCAUGCAGUAAACAGGCGCUGGUCUACAACUGUAUCGGCUGCGGGUCUUUCCACCUACAGCGGAUGGGAAGGAGAACCAGCAACGGAAAACAUGUGAAGUACUCUCCGGCCACCGGACCACCAGUUGCACCCCAGUGUGAGCACUGUGGACAGAGACAUCAGCUCGGCGGUCCCAUCUGGGCGGAGCCUAUCCACGACUUGGCAUUUGUCCAGAAGGUUUUGUCCGCCGUGUCGGGGAACCCGUCCCGCUUCGGGACGUCCAAACGCAUCGAGGGAAUGCUCAGCAUGGUGACCGAGGAGUUGGACGACGUGCCUCUUUACUACACAGUGGACAAUCUGAGCAGCACCAUACACUGCAAUACUCCACCCCUGCUCCAGUUUAGGUCGGCGCUCCUUAAUGCUGGUCACAGGGUUUCUUGCUCUCACGCCUCUAAGAACGCCAUCAAGACGGACGCUCCUCCUGCAGCCAUCUGGGACAUCAUGCGAUGCUGGGAGAAGACCAAUCCUGUGAAGAGGGAGAAGCUGACGGAGUCUAGCCCCGCCUUCAAGAUCCUCUCCAUUGAGCCCAGCUUAGAGGCUUGUUUCACUGUGAGGGAGGACGCCAACCCACAGUCCCGUAAACGCCACCUGACCCGGUUCCAGGAGAACCCGCAGGCCUUCUGGGGGCCCAAAGCUCGCGCCAGAUCUUGCGGCGGUAUCGCUACUGACCUGCAGGACAAGAGGAAGAAGUGUCAGAACAAGAGGAAGAACCAGAUCACGGAGUCCGAGCAGAAAAACGUUCACUGCAAAAGGUUCAGACAGGGAACAUGCACACAUGGAGACAAAUGCUGUUACUCCCACGACCCGGAGCAGACAAAAGAAGAGAAAACGGAGUAAUCUGCUCAUUUAGUCGUGGUUCAUUUUUCAUUUUUAUUUUUUUAUUUCUGGAGUUUGGACGGCGUCCUGGAGGAAGUGAGCGCGACGCACGGCCAUCAGAUUGGAUUUGGAUCGAUAAGACAAACAUUUAAAAACCUGUCAAAAUGCAGAACAUUUACAUCUUUCAGUUUUACGCCAGAGCUUUUUUCUCGUUUUUGGUUCUUUUGUUAUUCGACUGUUGGUUCAGUCCAAUAAAG